UACUAGAAGGCACACCGCUUGUACUGGAAAGCACAUCGAUCGACAUGAAGGUUCUCCUGUGUUUCUUAGCCCUUGUGGCUGGGUGUAUGGCUGGCUUUGAGUUUAAAGACUGCAGCGGCGGCAAACCCGGUUUUCGAUUCGAAACAUUCAAGCCAACAAGACACCCAGUCCCUGUGCCAGGAACUUUCGGCGUAAGCUUUGACGCCGAUGUUACCAAAACUAUCAACGGGCCCCUGAAGGUGAAGCUUGAGCUUCAGCGCAAAGUGACGUUUUUCUGGGUCCCCAUCCCCUGUCUCUUUGGCUAUGGAUCUUGCACCUACGAUGGCAUCUGUGACUGGGCUGCACAGUGGAAGGCCCCUAGUAAGUGUCCACCAGAGCUGGCAAAUCACAACAUCCCCUGCACUUGCCCAUACCCAAAAGGACGUAUCUCCAUGAACAACCAGCAGUUCACCGUAGGCGCUCUGCCUACUGGGCUUGGAUGGCUAGCCGACGGUACCUACUGGGGAAAGAUUAAGAUGCUGGAGCAGAACGGCAAUGAGAUCGGCUGUGUGGAGCUCACAGUUGAGAUUGAUAGCUAAAGUAAAUCUGUUCAUCCUCGGUAUCUCGGUAAUUCCAAAACAUUGGCCUUUAGAAACGGUCGAACUGUGUUCUCUCGCUCAGAACUGUUUACUGUUGGCCAUUGUUUACGCGUUGUCAAUGAUUUAAAUAGAACUGCUUUCUCCAUUUCUCAUAUUUUGUGAGGGGCAUGUAUUUUGUGCUCAUAAUAAAAAACAAGGGCACCUUUAUGGCUUACAUUAAUGUGAA